AUGCCAGUACCGGUUGUGGAUCCCGCCCCCUGCGCAGUCGAGGCAACAUUAUGGCGCUCGUGCUUGAAGGAGUUCGACUACGGGCCCGACAGACCAAAGGGAGCUUGUGAGAAUCAGCGAUUGGGAUAUUAUUCGUGUAUUAAGGACUGGACAGCGAAACAAGGGGAAGGUUUGUAUGAUUACAGAAAGUUUAACCUUAUUGGAGCUUGCGCAGGAGAGGCGGAGAAACUUCACCAGUGCAUGAUGGUUGGAAUGUUUGAAAUUUCCAACUGCAAAGAGCCGAUGGCUGAGUUGAAACGAUGUGGGGCUCGACACGAUAUGGCAGUACGACAGGCCCUUGAGGGGGAUUCAGCUCUUCAAGCAGUAGAUGAGGAACCUCAAGGAAUUAAACGUAUGUGGUACCAUGCAAUUGGAAAACUGUAA